AUGACGCGAGAGAAGAAGCGGCAUCCCGUGGUGUUUGUGCUCAUUGACGGUAUUGGGGACAUGACGAUUGACAUAUCCAAGUACCGAAGCGCUCGUGGAACGCCGGGCACGACGUUGCAGGCGGCGCACACCCCCGCCAUGGAUGCGAUUGCCCUCGCUGGGCUGAACGGGCUCCUCGAUCCUGUCGAACCUGGCAUGGCGUGCGGAAGCGACACGGCGCACAUGUCCAUCUUCGGGUACCCCCCGACCAAGCAUUAUCGCGGAAGGGGGUCGUUCGAAGCGAUGGGCGCGGGCCUCGAGAUGGCGCCUGGGGACGUUGCGUUCAAAUGCAAUUUUGCCCACCUCGAUCGCGCGUCCAACAUCGUGACCAUGCGACGCGUGGACCGCAAUUUCCACUCAUGGGGUACGGACCUGUGCCCGUUUAUCGGGUCGCUCGCGCUCCCAUCCUUUCCCAACGUCCGCGUGGCCUGCAAAUACGCCACGGAACAUCGAUGUGGGAUUGUGUUCCAUGGCCCGAACUUGUCAGAUCAAAUCACGGGCACGGACCCGUUGAAAGACGAGCUGCCCCUUCUCAAAUCGACUCCGAUAGACCCGACACUGCCCUCGGCUGUGUACACGAGCCAGGUGCUCAAUGAAGCGUCCGCGGUAAUUAUCGACCGCCUCUCGCGCCAUCCCCUCAACGUUGCGCGGGAAGCGGAAGGAUUGGCCACUGCCAACUUGGUGUUGUUUCGGGGUCCUGGGGAACGCAUCAAUGUUCCCAACUUCGAGGCAACGCACGGGAUGAAAUCGUUCAUGAUUGCCCCCACGUGCAUCAUCGCAGGCCUGGGGAAGUCGUUGGACAUGGACGUGAUCCCCGUGGAAGGUGCGACGGGUGAUUACCACACGAAUCUGCUCAACAAGGCGAACGCUGCGCUCGAUUGUUUUCGUGAUCGAACGUAUGAUUUCGGGUUCGUGCACGUCAAAGCAGUCGACGACGCCGGUCACGAUCGCGAUGUCCACAUGAAGAUGCAUUUCUUGGAAAAGGCCGAUGAAAUGAUUGCUCGACUGAUUGAAGGCCUGGAUGCGGCGAUUGAAGAAGAGGCAACAAUCAUCGUAACAGGUGACCACACGACCCCGGUGUUGUAUGGGGAUCACACAUUUGAGCCAGUUCCGUUCACGAUUGCCAAUGUUCGUGCGGCGGCUCGCGUGCUUCGAGGGGACGCUUCCACCCAGGGGCAUGUACAUUCCCUUCAGGACAACGUGGUUCAGUUCUCAGAAGUCGAUGUCGCGGGGGGGGUGCUCGGUCGAUUCACCGGCGACCAGGUCAUGACGAUCGUCAAGCAGUUCCGUGCGCAGAAUGUUUGA